UCCAACAUCGUCGUCGCCCUCAACCAGGCGCGCUCUUCUUCUUGCUACCACCAUGUCCUCCCACCAUCGGCCAUUCUUACAACUAGCACCGUCGGUGCAGACCACAAAGGUUGAUCCGAAGACUUACCCACUUCUCAAUGCCCAUCUGCCAAAGUCCCUACGGGAGUUCCGCCUCGAGUUUCCUGGUGGAGGCAAGGCCACGUUCCGCGAUGGUGAAGUCGGCGAGCAAGAGAUGCCCGAGGAAGACGAGGUCGUCGGUGGCGCGCAUUGGAGGUUGUUGCGUCGGGAUGAAGACGGCGAAGCCGCCAAGGAGGUAGGCCUUGUCGAAGCUAUCGAACGCUAUGGCAGGAAGAGGUCAUACAGCACUGAGGACAUGAUGGAGGGUAUCGAAACGAUCUCCGGCGUCAGUAUCUGGCCAUCCGCCCCGCCCAGUGGGCACUCCUCACCUCAGCCACCCCAAGCGCCUGUACAGCCCGACCUGUCGCUGACGACCCUCUUGACGCUUCCCGCCUUGCUCUGUCACUACUCGACCCUUCCUCCGCAACUUCAGUCUCAUGUAUUGCUCACCUUCCUCCGCCACUCUCCAUUGUCGGUCCUGCGAACACUACAUUCUAUCUUGACACCUACAUUGGCGCGCGACUUCCUCACCAUCCUCCCGCCAGAAUUGGUUUCGCAUGUCCUGAGUUACCUGAGUUUCUCCGAUCUCGCUCGCGCCUCCCGUGUAUCAAAGGCCUGGCGUGCCAUCAUCGACUCCGACCCCGUCCUCUGGCGAGACUUGCUCCGCAGCACGAAGAUAUGGUUUGGGCGUGGCUCCGAGAUCGCGUUCGCGGACGCCAUCUUCGCUCGGAGACGACGUCAGGGGCUACCUGCGCCUGGCGCACUGCCUCUACCCCACCCAUACAAGAUUCUAUUCAAGUCGCGGCAUCUUACUCGGACGCGCUGGGUGCAGAACCAGAACCCGAAGCGUAUCACAUUCCCUGCGCAUGGGCGUUCGGUGGUGACAUGUCUGAUCUUCUCUCAUGGACGCAUCAUCUCCGCCUCGGAUGAUCACUCGAUUCACGUCUACUCGCCCGCCACGGGGGAACUUCUGCGUUCGCUAGACGGUCAUGAAGGCGGCGUAUGGGCGCUGGCGGCAACGAAGAACACUCUCGUCAGUGGGUCGACCGACCGGACUGUACGUAUCUGGAAUCUGGAGACGGGCGCUGUACGCAUUACAGUGCGAUGUCUAGCGAUAGUCAAGCCGGAGAUGAUCGACGUCGAGAACGAGGGAGGUGUCAUCACGCGAGAGAAGUGGCCAAAGCGUCCCCUUAUCGUGACCGGUAGUAGGGAUCAUUCGCUCCGCGUGUGGACAUUACCCAAGCCUGGAGAUGACGAGUACCGCUGCUAUGGAGCGGACGACAACGAGGUUGACCCAUCUGAAGAGGACGUGGAAGAUAACCCAUACCACAAACUGCAUCUUGAAGGACACGACCAUGCCGUUCGUGCGCUUGCAGCACGCGGUCGGACGCUAGUUUCCGGUAGCUACGAUUGCACUGUCCGAAUAUGGGAUAUCAUCACGGGCACCUGUAAGUGGGUCCUCGUUGGCCAUACGCAGAAAGUGUACAGCGUGGUACUAGAUAUUCAUCGCAACCUUGCGUGCUCGGGUUCUAUGGAUGGCACCGUGCGCGUAUGGAAUCUCCAGAACGGCCAAUGUCAACACACGCUGACGGGACACACCUCCCUCGUCGGUCUGCUGGGCCUAUCUCCAUCCUACCUCGUCUCUGCUGCCGCAGACUCGACAUUGCGUGUAUGGAACCCGGACACUGGCGAACAUCAUCACACCCUCGCGGCUCACAACGGUGCUAUCACGUGCUUCCAGCACGACGAGUUCAAGGUGCUCAGCGGAAGCGAUGGCACACUCAAGAUGUGGGAUAUCCGGGACGGCUCGCAAGUGCGCGAUCUGCUUACAGGCAUCGUUGGCGUCUGGCAAGUCGUCUUCGAAGGGCGGUGGUGUGUGGCUGCGAGCAACCGGAUGGAGUCGACCGUCUUGGACGACAGUGAGGAGGAGGAAGAGGACGAACAAGCAGAAGUGGACGCCAUGGAUCAGGAUCUCGAUGGUAAGAUUGGCCUUCGAGAAGAGGACGUUAUGGCGACUUGGAUGCACACGCCAACGGAAGUGGAGGGUCCGGGGCCGUCUAGCCGUGCGUCAGUGAUGUCGGCAUCGCCAUUCGAGGAUGAUGAUCCUGCCGCGCCAGCCGCAAGACUGGCUGCCCCAUUGCUCGUCGGUGGUAGUGGUGCGGGCCCGUCGACUAUAGCUCGUCUACCACCGUCAAACGAAGAGACACCAACACGACCGCGGAUUCGAAACAUGGGGCAUCGCAGACGAUGACCUACUCUCACGCACACACACAUACCUCCAUGACGAUACCGCUCCUCGAACGUCUUUCAUAUACUCACUUAGUCGUGUUCCUCGCAUUACGGUCUCUUCAGUUAUAUCUUGUGCAUAUUGUCGGGCUCUGUCACGAUGUUUUCUGUGAUAUUAGUGUCAGUACUGGUGGGACGUCUUCCGUUAGAUGUUCGAGUCAUUGUACGGAUUAGGAUGUCAUACGUAGUUGCAACCUGCCAAGGGUAUGACCAUGACAGCUUUUGUUGUGGACGCAAGUCUCGUUUGAG